AUGGCCGCCUAUCACAAGACGAUGUUGAUAAGCACGCAUGCCCGAGGAUCUGACUUUCAUCACUGUCCCCGCUUUCCCCCACCCUGGCCACGCGACCAAGCCGAACUGACGAGUCAGUACAGCAAGAACGACUACCUUCGCGGCGAGCAGAUAAGGGUAUUGUAUGCGGUACCCGAAUUGACUACAGAAGAUUUCGGCAGACUGUUUCAGUCACAGUUGUCCAACGACGACUCACUUUGUGAAACGAUGACACCACAGCUCCAAAAUCAUGUCAAUGGCAAUGGCCCGUACAAUCAAGAAGUUCAUCGAAUCGUAAUCUCCGACGACGCAUGUACUCAUGAAGCAGUGACGAACGAUAUCGUAGCCGAAGCCGUCACCUUUCUGCAUCGAGAUGGCAUUCUGAUACUCGAGAACGCUAUCGAUCCAUCCCAUCUUGAUGACCUGGCCGGUAUACUGACUCCUGAAGCCGAGGAGAUCGCCCGCGAUCCUAAGCAUCACUUCAACUUCGGCAAGGAAACACGAAACAUGGACCAAGCACCGCCACUGAUACCCAGAAUCAUGUACAAAGACAUCUGGGCCAAUCCCUUCGCUGUAGCAAUCUGCUCCGCCAUUCUCGGUCCCAAUCCAGUCUGUCAUUAUGCCAAUGGCAACACGGCGCUUAGGGCGACAGGACGACAGCCAGUCCACGCCGACAUCGACAAGCCGCACCCGAUGUAUCCCUUCGCAUUUGCCAUCAACAUCCCAUUGUCCGACACCAACUCCGAGAAUGGGAGCACGGAGAUCUGGGUGGGAAGCCAUCGAGACUCAAACAUCGAUCAGCAUACCGCUCACGGCGAAGACGACGCUGGUCUAGUCAUCAAGCCGGAAUUGCUUGAGGAGCGAAGAGAGCAUUCGCCACCGAUCCAGCCGAGCACGAAGAAAGGUAGCCUGAUGAUCCGCGAUAUUCGACUCUGGCAUGCAGGAAUGCCUAAUCGGACUGAUGUGCCCAGGAUAAUGCUUGCCUUCGUAAUUCAGCCGAAGUGGUUCGAUGCUCCGAGUCGUGUUAUCCUGCCUCGAAAGACGCAAUCACUUGUCGAGAAGUGGAGGACCGAGACUGGACUGGAGUAUAAUGCGCAGUGGGUGGAUGGCGAUGUGAAUCACAAGACGAUCAAUUCCAGCGAGGUGGACUUCAGCACUCGAAACAAGAGGUUGCUUGAGCUGGAGCCACUGAUGCACGUACCCGUGCAUUGA